CCACAAGGCUCCUCACCACAAAAUAUGGCUUAGAGAGAUCUUUUGUUCCCUCCAGCUGUGUUAGGCUAUUUCUCAGAUGAUUUCACCAGCACAAUAACUUGCUGCCCUCUACAACUUGAGCUUCACAGACUUCCAAAGAGAUACAACAAAUUUAAAUAUGGGGAUUCUAAGCCAGCUAUCAAUCAUUCACCUCCUCUGGGCUGCUAUGGUCUUUUGUCAAUACGAAGACUAUGAUUUUGAGGAUGAAUAUGAUGAGGACCCAAAUCAUCAACAUCCAUAUUAUUUUAAUCCAAAUACCCAAGCUGAAGUUCCUCGCUUUCCUUUUCCACUUCAGUGUGCCGGAGAAUGCUUUUGUCCACCAGCUUUUCCAUUAUCAAUGUACUGUGAUCAUCGUAAGCUUAAGACAAUACCAAAUAUCCCUAGUCACGUCCAACAACUUUAUCUGCAAAACAAUGAUAUUGAAGCUGUGCCUGCAGGACCAUUCACUAAUGUUACCUUCUUAAGAGAAAUUAACCUCAGCCAUAACAAAAUUAAAUUUCAUAUGAUUGACCAUGGUGUUUUUGCCAAACUUUCAAGCUUAGUGCAACUUCAUUUACAACAUAAUGAAUUAGAAGAAUUUCCAUUCCCACUCCCCAGCUCUCUAGAGAGACUCCUCCUUGGUUUCAAUAAGAUUUCUCGGUUAUCUGGAAAUGCAUUGGAAGGAUUACCCAACAUAACCAUGCUUGACCUUUGCAAUAAUUUUCUUGACGACUCAGUACUCAAAGGAAAACCGUUUACAAACAUGAAAAAUUUAAUGCAGCUCAACUUAUGCAACAACAAAUUACAGACUAUGCCUCCUGAUCUACCAUCAUCACUUAUGUAUCUCUCUCUCGAAAAUAACUCCAUUUCUUAUAUUCCAGAAAACUAUUUCAACAGACUUCCAAAAAUCAUUGCUCUAAGAAUGUCCCACAAUAACCUGCAGAACAUUCCACAUAACACCUUUAACCUACCUAACCUUCUAGAACUUAAUCUUGGACACAACAAAUUAAAACAAGUAUUCUAUAUUCCAAGAAGUUUGCAGCAUUUGUAUAUUGAAGACAAUGACAUCGAAAUCAUAAAUGUUACUUUGAUGUGUCCAUCUAUUGAUCCAAUGAACACCAACCAGUUAACCUAUAUACGAGUGGACCGAAAUAAGCUUACGAUUCCAAUAAGCACAUAUGCAUUCUUUUGCUUCCCUCACAUUCGAACCAUUUAUUACGGCGAACAAAACGGUAAUGUCAACAAGUCAACUCAGCUAAGAACACCAGUGUUUCGACGAUUUUUAACACCGGAAGAAUAUGACGAAGCAGAAGACAAUCAUGAAACACAUGAUCGUGAAACUGAAGAAGACCAUGAAGCAGAAGAGAACUAUUUUCAUCCUUACUUUCAGUGAAGUAACCAUUGUUAAUGAGUAUAUAUGGAAACUUUUCCUUAGUUGUGGGGUAUUCAUAUCCAUUUUAGAACCAUUGGAUAGGUUGGGAUAUUUAAGAUACAUUUAUAAAGUGUAGACAGGAUUAUAGUGUAGGUAAAUGUCCUAUUAUUGACGUAGUAAAAAACAUAAUACUAGGAGCAAAGAGCACUCACCGUAGCAUUAAAUAGCAGUCUGACAGAUAAUCUGGGUUGAUAACGGACUCAUCCUUGGGUGGGCAGCCUAAGCUGAAGAAAAUUGACCUGAAAAAGCUUCUAAUAUUCUAAAGUGAUCCAACUUGCAAAAUGACUAAAAUACAAUCAGUGUCAUGCUCAAUAGGAACAAGUGGAUAAGGGCAAAAAUCUAUCCAACUACAGAUCCUACUACUGACAGCAGUAGAAAAUAGACACACUAGAGAAAAGAACAGGAGGGUAAGAUCACAAAAAUACUUCCACAAGAUUCCUCCACAUCUUCUAGAAAUACAGAUGUUUCUUCUUCCAAUUUCUAAUUGGACAAGAAACUUAGAAACUUUGAGUUUCUAAUCUUCUUCAUAUUAUGUUUGCAGCGUCCUGCUAAUGUGUAUAUACUACUUGCUUUUCAGCUUGUACCUCAACUUUCACAACUCUUUCAAGGGAGAUUUUAGCUGAUUAGUAAUAUACGCAAUAAACAAUCUUUCAUCAAAGGUCUUAGGAUCUAGGGAAAAGGACGUGCAUUAAUACAACUGAACCAUUAGUAUUUAUAUUUUACCUAUGUUUAGCCCACAGUAUUUUAGAAGGCACCUAAAAUGUAAUGCAAUCUUUUUAUUAGAAUUGUUCAAGUAGAGCAGGUACAAGUAGUAGCAUACCAGGAUUUCUAAAUUAUUAAUUUAGACCAUCUUUCUGCAUAGCUAAUACCAAUUAGCUAUAUUCUGCUUCAAAGUAGAGCAAGCAUUGCUUUAAGAAAUCUAAAGAAAAAUACUUUAUACUACUUGAGCUAUGCAAAUUUUUUUAUUACGUCUUAUACCUAGAAACAGACCCAAAUAACUACAGAGUAAGAUAUAGGGCACUUUACUGCUUUUGUUUUAUUUAAAUUCUUUACUUUUCAGCACUUUUUUCCUGAUAAAUCUUUGUUAGCUGUGAGGAAGAAUCACCAUUUUCAACAAGAAAAACAAAUGACUGCAAGAAGUAGAACUAUACAUCACACUAUCAAUUUUACAUUAUAUUUUAAGUGUAGGAAAACUAAAAAGGCUAUAUAAAAUUAUGCAAACAAAUUUGUAUUAGAAUUUCUAAAAAGUUUCAGACAUGUUUGUUUCUCGUACCAUUUCAGUUAUUUUUUGAAGCCCAUCUUGGUGUAUUUUGGGUUCUGAGGCAACAAUUAAAGUUUUAACAAAAUGAAAAUACUUAAUGACACUUUUUUAAUGGAAAGAAAUUCCUCAUAAGCCCAUUAAUAUAAUCUUUAAGAACAUACACAGUCUUUAAGAACAAUUGGUCGUGAAAUUUGUGGAUACAAAAUUUAUUUUAUCAUUAUUAAUCUCUGCAUCUUAGUUCAACUAACAACAAAUCCAUUCUUUCUCUCCUUCUCCUUUUUCUUAUCUACAUUCUAAACAGAUAGAAUAUUUUUAUGGCAAAAUACUUUAUGGUCAUCCCACAAAUUUACAGCACUGCAGAAUUUAUCUUCCUCUUUUUAAAAAAAAAAAUGUUUACUAACAUUUAUCAACUUCAAGUACCUCUGGCUUCAUGAAGGAGGAGUAUAUGUUUGUAUUCAUUAUUUAAA